CAGUGACUUAAACCGCACUGACAGCUCGCAGCUCACGCUGGCUGCUUUCUGAUCCACAUAUCGGAUCUUUUUUAGGAUAACGUGCGCCACCUUUACGCGCUCCUGUCUGGGCUGACAGGCUGGGACGGUGCGCUGUUGUUUGCCACUAGCCCUCACAGAAAAGCUGGAGUUACUGUUGGCUUUACUACGCCAUUUAAACCUAAGGAGCAUGUGCUUUUAACGGAGCGAGGAAGACGUCUGAAAAAGAAAUGUUGAUUCUUCGGUGGCAGUUUCAGGGUGGUUGCUAGCCAUCUGUCGAGGCUGACAUGGAACGAGAGGGCUCACUUAGGAGGAGCCUCCACAGCAAACUGAGGUUGGGGACCGGCUCAUCCUCCAGUCUGACUGACCUCUCACAGGCAAAGACUCCAGCAGGAGGUGGGGAGAAGGGAGGAACAGAGGAGAGCAGCAGAGACAAAGGGACCCAGCAGAGGAGGGCCGGGGCUAACGCCACCUGGAACAGCAUCCACAAUGCAGUGGUCUCAGUUUUUCAGAGGAAGGAUCUGGGAGAAAAUGAACUCUACACGCUGAAUGAAGGUGUCAGGCAGCUGCUGAAGACUGAGCUCGGCUCCUUCUUUACUGAAUACCUUCAGAACCAGCUCCUCACCAAAGGAAUGGUCAUUCUGAGGGACAAGAUUCGCUUCUACGAAGGUCAGAAGUUGUUGGACUCUCUGGCCGACACGUGGGACAUCUUCUUCUGUGAUGUUCUGUCCAUGCUGCAGGCCAUCUUCUAUCCUGUACAGGGAAAAGAGCCAUCGGUGCGUCAGCUGGCUCUUCUUCACUUCAGGAACAUCAUCACCCUAAACCUGAAACUGGACGAGGCGCUCUCUCGGCCCCGAGCCCGAGUUCCUCCCUCAAUUAUACAGAUGCUGCUAAUACUACAGGGCGUCCACGAGUCUAAAGGUGUGACAGAUGAUUACCUUCGUCUGGAGUCCCUCAUCCAGAAAGUGGUCUCUCCCUACCUUGGCACUCAUGGCUUAUAUUCCAGGGAUGAAUCCUCCAGUAUGCAGUGCUCUUCCUGCCUGCUGGAAAAACGCCUACAGCACUCCUGGUCCUCCAAACUAGGCAAUUCUCCCACUGUCAAAAACCCAGUGAUCCGCUCUAAGAGCUACAAUGUUCCCAUGCUAACCCCUGUAGUAGAGUACGACAUAGACUCCUCCACGGGGGGUGGCACAGGCAUCAGGCGGCAUUCGGUCUCUGAGAUGACGUCUUGCGUGGAGGAAAGCAUCCCUAAGACAAAAUCCAUCACCAGUGUCACUGACAACAACAGUACCACCAGCAUGUCAAGCCUCACCAACCACUCCCCAGCUUCCACAGCCUCUGCUGCACUUUCAGAUGCUGUAACCUCCAUCCAGAAACUCCAACCCAUAGAUGCUGGCAGCUUUGCAGCUCCCCACCCUCUCCAGCAUCAGCAACACUCCCCCAGCAUCCUCCCUGAGCCUUCCCCAGCUGAGGACACACAUUGCACUGGCUCACUGGAGUUCAGCUCCCCCUCGUCCUCCAAAGUUCUGGCUCAGGACACUAGCUCUGGCCCCAGUCUGUCGUCCAGUCCGGAGAUGAUGAUGGACCACCUGAUGGAGGAGUGUUCAGACUGUGAGGUGGACCAUGAUGGCAUCUUCCUGGACUUCUCACAACCUUGUUCUGGAGGGUCGACACACAGCAGAGACAGCAAAAAGCAGAGUGUGUAUGUGUGCGCACAAGCUCCACCUGUGUGACACAGGAGCCAUGAAUGACAUUCCUCAUACUGCUGUUUUCUAGAGACUCUAGAGCUUCAGGGAAUCUUUCAAACUGGAUUAUUUUUCUAUGUCAUGUUCUUUUUCACUAAAAUCGAGUCUAAUUUUAUGAUGACAUUUUAAAUAUUUCAGCGUGUCCCUUUUUAACAUGUCAGAAAUGUCAGCACUGGCCCCCCGUGGGAAACUCUACCUACUAAAGUCACAUUCAAACUAAACUAUCACAAAUAAAACUAUAAAUGAAAACAGGGAGAACACAUGAAGCACACUGCAGGGGCAGAAGCAUGAAAAUACUUUUGAAAAGCUUGGGAAGUCAAAUUCAAACAUUUCACAAACAUUUCAAAUGUUUAAGAAAACUACUGUGUUUGACACGUGAUGC